AUGGCUUCUGUUCGGGAAGCUCAAAUGUCACCGUCGAAAAUUAUACCAAAUGGAAAUCAUCAUCAUAUAUCGAAAGUUAAAUUUGGUCUUGAUAAUUCUCAUCAUAUCGAUGAUACUCAUGGAUCAUUAGAUAAAAUUCUUGAAUCUUCAGCUCCUUCAAAUAAUUAUUCUUCGCCAUCAAAGCAUUCCACAUUAAAUGGAUCAACUCAUGCAAAAAUAUUAUCAAACGACGAAUAUCAAUCAAUAGCAAAACAGUGUACAAGGAAAAUGUCUGGUCUUUCAAUAGCAUCCAAUGGUUUUCGAUCACCAAAUAUGACAACACCAAAGGAGCUCUGUGACCUAUUAAGUGGAUCACGUGUAAUCAAUAAAAUUCUUAUUGCAAAUAAUGGCAUUGCAGCUGUUAAAUGUAUGCGUUCAAUUCGACGUUGGUCGUAUGAAAUGUAUCGAGAUGAACAUGCAGUAAAAUUUGUUGCUAUGGUCACACCAGAAGAUAUGAAAGCAAAUGCUGAAUAUAUUAGAUAUGCUGAUCAUUAUGUUAAUGUUCAAGGUGGUCCAUCACAUAUGAAUUAUUCCAACUGUGAACUUAUUCUUGAUAUUGCUAAACGUUUUUCUGUUGAAGCUGUCUGGGCCGGAUGGGGUCAUGCAUCAGAAAAUCCGAAAUUACCUGAACUACUUCAUCGAUAUGGAAUUAUAUUUAUUGGUCCACCAGAACAAGCAAUGUGGGCACUAGGAGACAAAAUAGCUUCCACAAUUAUUGCACAAAGUGCUGAUAUACCAACAUUUCCAUGGAGUGGAUCUCAUCUUAAACUUGAAUGGGAUGGAGAGAGUAAUGAAAAUAUUCGUGUUCCAAUGGAUAUAUACGAAAAAGCUUGUAUUAAGGAUGCAACAAAAGGUGUCGAGAUUGCUACUCGAAUUGGUUUCCCGGUGAUGAUUAAAGCAUCUGAAGGUGGUGGUGGAAAAGGAAUACGAAAAGCAACAAAUCGCGAAGAUUUUGAGAAUUUAUUUCGACAAGUUCAAGCUGAAGUGCCCGGUUCACCAAUAUUCUUAAUGAAAUAUGCAGAUAGUUGUAGACAUUUGGAAGUACAAAUUCUUGCUGAUCAAAGUGGACAAGCUAUAUCAUUAUUUGGUAGAGAUUGUUCAAUUCAAAGACGACAUCAAAAAAUUAUUGAAGAAGCACCAGCAAUAAUAGCACCACCAGAAAUUCUCGAACAAAUGGAAAAAUCAGCUGUACGUUUAACAAAAAUGGUUGGCUAUGUUAGUGCUGGUACAAUUGAAUAUUUAUAUAAUCCAAAUGAUCAAACAUACUUCUUUCUUGAACUCAAUCCACGAUUACAAGUAGAACAUCCUUGUACUGAAAUGGUUACAGAUAUUAAUUUACCUGCAUGUCAAUUACAGAUUGCUAUGGGCAUAUGUUUACAUCGCAUAAAAGAUAUUCGUUUAUUAUAUGGUGAAGAUCCAUUUGACACAACAGAAAUAGAUUUUGCUCAUCCUCGUAUAAAACCGAAACCACAUGGUCAUGCUAUUGCAGCGCGUAUAACGAGUGAAAAUCCUAACGAAGGUUUCAAGCCAAGUUCCGGAACGGUCGAAGAAUUAACUUUUCGUAGUCGACAUAAUGUAUGGGGUUACUUUAGUAUAUCAUCAUCUGGUGGUUUGCAUGAAUUUGCUGAUUCACAAUUUGGGCAUGUUUUUUCGCAUGGUGAAACUCGCGAAGAUGCCCGAGAAAAUCUUGCCGUUGCAUUAAAAGAACUAUCGAUUCGUGGAGAUUUUCAUUCGACGGUUGAAAUUUUAAUACGUCUACUUGAAACGGACGAUUUCAUUAAUAAUACUGUACAAACAAGUUGGCUCGAUGGUUUAAUUGCACAACAUUUUCAAACUGACAAGCCGGAUAUUAUGUUAGCAAUUGUUUGUGGUGCUAUACAUGUAGCAGAUGAAAUAUUCCGAAAUAAUUUUCAGAAUUUUCAAUCCUCAUUAGAACGUGGUCAGAUAUUACCCAUGAGUACUUUGACAAUUUCACGUCAAAUAGAACUUAUUUAUGAAUAUAUUAAAUAUAAAUUACAUGUUACAAAAUGUGGUCCGAGCAGUUUUUUUGUUGUCAUGAAUGAUUCAUAUGUAGAAUUAGAAGCUCAUCGAAUGAAAGACGGUGGAAUAUUGAUUAAUUUAGAUGGUUCAAGUUAUUUAACAUUUAUGAAAGAAGAAGUUGAUAAUUACAGAAUUAUUGUCAAUAAUAAAACUUGCAUAUUUCAAAAAGAGAAUGAUCCAUCAAUAUUAAGAGCACCAUCAGCAGGAAAACUCCUUCACUAUACUGUAGAAGAUGGUGGUGCCAUAGAAGCUGGUCAAAUCUAUGCUGAAAUUGAAGUGAUGAAAAUGGUUACUGAACUUCGAUGUCCGUCGAAAGGAUAUCUUCAAUGGAAUAAACGUCCUGGUGCUGUUCUCGAUGCAUCAUGCGUUCUUGCUCGUAUAAUUCUUGACGAUUCACAACAAGUUCAACAAUCACAAUUAUACGAUGGAAAAUUUACGUUUCAACUUUUCGAUCAAUCAAAAAGUACGAAAUUAAAUCAAAUCUUUCAAAUAAUCAAAGGUUCAUUAGAAAAUAUUCUUGCUGGUUAUACGUAUCCAGAACCAUAUUUUCGUGAAAGACUUAAGUCCAAUGUCGAAACAUUAUUUUCAAUUUUACGUGAUCCAUCAUUACCAUUACUUGAAGUUGAAGAUAUUUUAUCGAAUAUAUCCGAACGAAUACCAAAAGAAGUCGAUAAGGAAAUUAAAAAAAUAAUGAAAAACUAUCACAGUAAUUUAACAUCAGUUUUGGUACAAUUUCCAUCGCAAGCUAUUGCAUCUAUUAUUGAUAGUUAUGCAUCAAAAUUAGAGCACCGAAAUGACCGCGACACCUUUUUUACAACUGUGCAAAGUCUUCUACAUUUAGUGCAAUGCUAUCGUAAUGGUAUAAAAGGAUAUAUGAAAGCAGUUAUAACAGAUUUAAUAAGACACUACCUUAACAUUGAAACAUUAUUUCAACAUGGACAAUACGAUAAAUGUUUAACACAACUACGUGAUAAACAUAAAAUUGAUAUGUCGAAAGUCGUUGAAAUUGUUUUUUCGCAUGCAAAUUAUAAUGCAAAAAAUGCACUCGUUAUUCUGCUCAUUGAUUUAUUAUUUGAACGUGAUCCAACACUAACAGAUGAAUUAACAGCAUUAUUGACUGAAUUAGCUCUUUUGACACACGCAACGAACUCUAAAGUUGUUUUAAAAUCAAGACAAGUUUUAAUUGCAUUUCAACAACCACCCUAUGAAUUAAGACAUAACCAAAUGGAAUCAAUUUUUUUAAGUGCUAUCGAUAUGUAUGGACAUAAGCUGUGUCAAGAAAACAUACAAAAAUUAAUAUCGUCGGAAACAAGUAUACUUGAUGUUUUACAUAGUUUUUAUUUCCAUUCAAAUGUUCAAGUACGCCAAGCAGCAUUGGAAGUUUAUGUUCGGCGUUCUUAUGUAUCAUAUGACUUGAAUAGUAUUCAACAUCGAUUUCUUUCAGAUGGUACUUGUGCUGUUCAAUUCGCAUUACAUCUUCCACAUAAUCAUCCUAAUCGAUUAUUUCAACAUGAGAAUAUGAUCCGAGUUGGCAGUAUUAGCGAUGAACUGGUGAAUAUGAAUGAAAUCGAUUCAAAUCUAUUUCAACGUAUGGGUAUAUCUGCUGCUUUUGAUAGUUGGGAACGUGCAAAAAGUGCUUUCGAUGAAUUGUUAACACCAUUUUCUCCAAUAGAUUCUGAUGAAUUAUCAUCAUUUACUGACAAUAAAUCUAAUCGUGCACAUAGUCGACAAAGUUCAUUCGAUAGUAGUUCAAUGCGAAUACAAAACAAUAAAAUUGAUGAAGCAAUCAAUUUAAUAUAUGUAUUUAUUAAAGAUGAUAUUAAUCUUCAACAGAAUUUAAAACUUGAAGAUGUAUUUCUUGAUUUUGUACAAUCAAAACGUGAAGUUUGUGCAGCAAAAAAUAUUCGUCGCAUUACUUUUUCACUUGGUGCCAAACGUCAAUUUCCUGUUUAUUAUACGUACCGAAAACGAUUAGAUUUUCAAGAAGAUAAAAUUUAUCGAAAUUUAGAACCAGCACUUGCCUAUCAACUUGAAGUCUAUCGUUUACGUUCAUUUGAUUUAGAAUUUGUUCCAACAUCAAAUCAUAAAACGCAUAUCUACUUAGGCAAAGGAAAAGUUCAUAAUAAACAACAUAAUGCGAUUGAUUAUCGAUUUUUCGCACGUUCAAUCAUUCGCCAUUCAGAUUUUGUAACUAAAGAAGCAAGUUAUGAAUAUUUAGAAAAUGAAGCUGAACGAACAUUACUUGAAGCAAUGGAUGAAUUAGAAAUAGCAUUUUCUCAUCCAUUAGCAAAUAAAACUGAUUGUAAUCAUGUUUUUCUGUGUUUCGUACCAACUGUUUGUAUUGAACCAACUAAACUAGCAGAAAGUGUUCGUACUAUGGUACUUCGUUACGGUCUUCGUUUGUGGAAGCUUCGCAUUCUGCAAGCUGAAUUAAAAAUGACGAUACGUAUAACACCUGAUUCGGAACGAAUACCAUUUCGAGUAUUUUUAACAUAUGAAAGUGGUUAUCAUCUUGAUAUAUCUCUUUAUCGGGAAGAAACAAAUCAGGCAACAGGACAAACAAUAUUUCGAACAUAUACACUCGGUAAAACAGGCCCAUUAGAUGGUCGUGCAUUACACGAUCCAUAUUUAACUAAAGAUCAUUUACAAUAUAAGCGUUUUACUGCUCAAUCAAAUAAUACAACUUAUGUUUAUGAUUUCCCUGAAAUGUUUCGACAAGCAUUAUUAUUAUUAUGGAAACAAUAUUUCGAGCGAAAUAAUCUUAAAGCACAUAUCGUACUAAAAGAUGUCUUUAAUUAUGAAGAACUUAUUCUCGACAUGUCAAAUCAAACUAUGAUUUCGUCCAUAUUCUGUUCAAUGAAAACAUCACAACAUCAAACGGAUCAGUCGAAUGAACAUCUUAAACAAUGUGGUCUUUUAACACGUACACGUUCACCGGCCGAAAACGAUUGUGGCAUUGUUGCUUGGCGUAUUCGUAUGAAAACACCCGAGUGCCCAAAUGGUCGUGCAAUAAUUGUUAUUGCCAAUGAUAUAACAUAUAAAAUAGGUUCAUUUGGUAUUGAGGAAGAUUUAUUAUUUCAACGUGCAUCAGAAUUAGCACGUUUAGAACGUAUACCACGCAUUUAUAUAUCUGCGAAUAGUGGUGCACGUAUAGGUCUCGCUGAAGAACUUAAAUUUCUUUAUCGUAUUGCAUGGAAUGAUCCCACAGAUAUUGAUAAAGGUAUUCAAUAUUUAUAUCUCACACCAGAUGAUUAUUCACGUGUAUCACAUAUGAAUUGCGUACGAACAGAAACUAUCAAACUUGAUAAUGGCGAAGUUAGACAUAAAAUUAUUGAUAUUAUUGGAAAAGAAAAUAGUCUAGGUGUAGAAAAUUUACGCGGAUCAGGUAUGAUUGCUGGUGAAACUUCAUAUGCAUAUAAUCUCAUUCCAACAAUCAGUCUAGUAACCUGCCGAGCAGUUGGCAUUGGUGCUUAUCUUGUUCGAUUAGGUUCUCGUGUUAUACAAGUUGAAAAUUCUCAUAUAAUAUUAACCGGUGCUGCUGCACUUAAUAAAGUUCUUGGUCGAGAAGUAUACAAUAGUAAUAAUCAAUUAGGUGGUAUACAAAUUAUGUAUAAUAAUGGUGUUACACACGAUGUUGUGAAAGAUGAUUUUGAUGGAUGUUUACUUGUACUUCGGUGGCUAUCUUAUAUGCCUGAAACCAUGCUUCAUUUACCACCUGUAUUAUCCGAGUUAAAUGAUCCAAUUGAUCGCCAAAUAGAUUUCGUUCCAACACCAGCGGCAUAUGAUCCAAGACAUAUGAUUCAAGGAGGACAAUUUACUUCUGUACAACAAAUCACUAAUGAUACAGAUGAAUUGCCUGUGACAACAUAUCAAUCCGGCUUUUUCGAUCGAGAUUCAUUUAUAGAAAUCAUGAAGGGUUGGGCAAAGACUGUUGUUUGUGGCCGAGCUCGUCUUGGCGGAAUUCCUAUGGGUGUUAUUGCUGUUGAAACUCGUACAAUUGAAUUAGAACAACCAGCUGAUCCAGCUAACUUUGACUCAGAUGCGCGUACUAUUCAGCAAGCUGGUCAAGUUUGGUUUCCUGAUUCUGCAUUUAAAACAGCACAAGCAAUAAAUGAUUUUAAACGUGAAAAUUUACCAUUGAUGAUAUUUGCUAAUUGGCGUGGUUUUAGUGGUGGAAUGAAAGAUAUGUACGAUCAAAUCAUAAAAUUUGGCGCUUACAUUGUCGAUGCUUUACGUACAUAUGACCAUCCUGUCUUUAUUUAUAUUCCACCAUAUGGUGAAUUACGUGGUGGAGCUUGGGUUGUUGUUGAUCCAACCAUUAAUUUACGUUAUAUGGAAAUGUACGCUGAUCGUAUGAGUCGUGGUGGUGUACUUGAAGCAGAAGGUACUGUUGAAAUAAAAUAUCGUACUAAAGAUCUUAUACGUACAAUACAUCGUGUUGAUGAUAUUUGUCAAGAAUUAAUAAAAAGUAUAAGUUCGUGUACAACAAAUACGACGAAAGAAGAUUUAGAAAGGCAAUUGGCUGAAAGAGAAAAAAACCUCUUACCAAUUUAUCAACAAGCUGCUACUAUGUUUUGUGAUUUACAUGAUACACCAGGUAGAAUGUUAGAAAAAGGUGUUAUUCAAGAUAUUUUGAAUUGGAGAACAAGUCGAGAAUUUUUUUAUUGGCGUUUAAAACGUCGUUUAGAAGAAGAUAAUGCAAUUAAAACUAUUCUAACAGCUAAUCCAUCUAUAAACUAUCAUGGUGCAGUAAAUUAUCUUCAGCAAUGGUUUAGUGAAGAUAAACAGGAUAAUAAUUUUCAAUGUGCACAAGAUCGACUUGUUGUUCAAUGGUUUGAACAAUUUAAAAGUUCUCCAGUAACUAAUGAUCGAAUAAAGAACCUCGAAAAACAAUAUGCUCUUGAAGAUAUUCGUCGAAUACUUCAAACCCAUCCUGAUAUUUUAUCAGACAUUGUUCAACCAUCGAAUGAUGAACAACGUAUGAAAUGA